AUGGCACCAGUUUUAUCAAGCGUCAUUCCUGAAAAUAAUGCUAAAUCCACGCCCAAAUAUCGUCCGCCAAGUCCCAUCGGCGACGACACACAUCGUGAUAUCGCGAUUAUUGGCUUCUCUUUUCAAUUUCCUCAGGCAGAUUCUACUGAGUCAUUCUGGGAGCUUUUAAUCUCUGGCAGUUGUGCAUCUUCUGAGUUCCCCCCAAGCCGUUUCCAUAACAUCGCACUACAUGAGAGCGGCAAUGAUGGUACGGCAAAUAUCCGUCCCAAGAAGGCGUCUUUUCUUGAGAGGGACAUCAGUGCAUUUGACACCCGAUUCUUUGGGAUGACCUCGGAGGAAGCUGUCGCGACAGAUCCGCAACAACGAAUCUUGCUGGAAACUACUUAUAGGGCUCUCGAGAAUGCCGGAAUACCAAUGGAGUCGAUCAAGGGAUCGAAUACGUCUGUAUAUACCGGUUGCUUUACCGCGGAUUAUACCAUGAAUGCAGCAAGAGACCCAGACAGCCUUCCAAAGUAUUCUGCUACCGGUUUAGCGGGCAGUUUGUUGUCAAACAGAAUUAGCACGUUCUUCGACUUGACGGGUCCAAGUAUUACUGUUGACACAGCCUGUUCAAGUAGCCUAGUAGCCUUGGAUUUGGCAUGCCAAUCGCUCAUGAGCGGUCAAUCAGAUAUGGGUAUCGUGAUUGGUUCUAAUCUCCUGCUGACAAAGGAUCUUUUCAUUAGUCUUUCUAACCUCGGUUUUCUGUCCCCAGACGGUGUCUGUCACAGCUUUGAUUCUCGAGCAAAUGGCUAUGGCAGAGGAGAAGGCUUUGGUGCUUUAAUUGUAAAGCCAGUGGAGGCCGCUAUUAGAGAUGGGGAUACUAUUCGCGCCGUCAUUAGGGCCAUCGGCACAAACCAAAAUGGAAAAACUAACCUAGCACAGCCCGACAAACAGAUGCAAAGAGAGUUGAUAGAGAACACAUAUCGCAAGGCUAAUAUCGAUAAGUCUCAAACACGGUUCUUCGAAGCUCACGGUACGGGAACGGUUUCAGGCGACCCCUUAGAAGCUGGGGCAAUUGGCGAUGUGUUUCGCCCUGGGAGGGAUCCAAGUGAUCCCUUGAUUGUGGGCUCCGUCAAGAGCAAUAUAGGACACCUCGAGGGUGCGGCUGGAAUCGCUGGACUAAUUAAGACUAUCUUGGUCUUGGAAAACGGCAUUAUCCCGCCAGUAGCAGGGCUUGAUGAGCUUAAUGAAAAUAUCGAUGCUGACUUUCUUCAUCUCAAGUUUCCGAAAGUCCCCAUCCCAUGGCCCGGGUCAGGGCUGCGCCGCGCGAGCAUCAACAGUUUUGGGUUUGGAGGAACGAAUGCGCAUGUUGUUCUAGACGACGCCUUUCACUAUCUGGAGGCUCGAGGGUUGGCGGGUCGAUAUUACGCCCCAUCCCAGUUGUUGGACAAGCCUACGAUAGGGCCUCACCAGGGAAACGACGAUACUUCCCACAGCAGGCCACUGCUCUUCGUAUGGUCCGCAGGCGACCAGGAAGCCACGUCACGUAUGAUCCGAGGCUACCAGAAAUAUCUUGAGAAAGGGCUUAUCAACAAUGAAGUCAGGCAAGAUGACCUCGUAGCCUUGGCACAUACACUAACCCAAAGACGUACCCGACACUCCUGGAGAACGUUUACUGUCGCAGCUUCAAUACCUCACCUGAUAAGGCAAUUAACGGUUAUUCAGACUCCAAUUGUAUCAUCACCUAAACGAAAUGCGGCAUUCAUUUUUACAGGUCAAGGGGCACAGUGGGUGGGCAUGGGCAAAGAGCUACUCUCCUAUUCAGUCUUUCGUGAUUCUAUCUUUGAGGCAGAUAGGUUUCUGCAAACUAUCGGGUGUUUUUGGAUGGCAAGCAGUCUACUCGAAGGGCAUGAAACUCGGCUGAAUAUUCAUGAGCCUCGAUUUGCGCAACCUCUCUGUACCAUAUUACAAGUUGCCGUUGUCGAACUCCUGCGCUCAUUCGGUAUCCAUCCAGCUAUUUCUAUCGGACACUCAAGUGGAGAGAUCGCAGCAGCCUACACCACUGGAGCCAUAUGUCGUCAAUCUGCAUGGAAACUUGCCUAUUUCCGCGGCCUCCUUUCGAGUGAACUUGCCGAGUCCUCCCAAGGUCGCUUUCGAGGUUCCAUGAUGGCUGUUGGAGCACAUGAAGCUUCAUUACGCCCGUAUCUUGACGAAGCCUUAUCAACUACGCAAGGGGGUGUUCUUGCUAUAGCCUGCUUCAACAGUGAUCGAAGUUUAACUGUUGCGGGCGACGAAUUACUAGUCCAGACCCUUCGGACCAAGCUUGAAAAGGAUGGAGUCUUCACGAGGGUACUGAAUGUACCGGUUGCAUAUCAUAGUUCGCACAUGGUCGCGAUUGCAUCAGAUUAUCGGAAACUCAUUGGAACCCUGGAAAAGGGGGAAGACCCCUCGCGGUAUUGCCAUAUGAUAUCUUCUGUUACCGGAGACAAUAUAUCUGCAACUGAACUUCGAAAACCUGAAUACUGGGUUACUAAUAUGGUUUCCCCGGUACGGUUCAGCCAAGCCAUUGAACGCUUAUAUCGAAACUCCGCAAAAAAUGCGACUAAGAAGAUUGAUAUGAGCCAUCGUAACUAUAUUAGAGUAUCUGAUAUAGUUGAAAUUGGUCCGCAUAGUGUCCUGCGAGGAGCAGUCCUUGGGAUACACAAAACGACAGCCGCAUCAAAUCAGAUCUCGUACAGUUCUUCGUUAAUAAGAGGAAGGCCAGCCGACACUACCUUACUCGAAUUAAUAGGCAACCUCCAUUGCCGUGGCUUUGAUAUCGAUCUGGGGCUUGUCAAUAACUCCCUCGACGAACUUAAACGUGUACCCAGAACGUUGGCUACAUUACCUGAAUACCCUUACGACCACUCGCGGUCAUACUGGAGCGAGUCGCGUAUUGCGAAGAACAGUCGGAUUUGCCCAUACCCAUACAGUGAAUUCAUAGGACAUCCAGUAGCCGACUGGAACCCAUUAGAGCCGCGAUGGCGGAAUACCUUGAGGGUAUCAUCAAUUCCAUGGCUGAAGGAUCACCAGAUCAAUAACGAAAUAUUGUACCCUGCAGCUGGUAUGCUUGUAAUGGCAAUUGAAGGCAUGACUCAGGUUAUGGAGAACCGUACCAUUGUAGGAUACGAGUUAAAAGAUGUCCGAUUCUUUUCUGCACUCGUCAUCCCCCAGAAUGACAGCGGCGUCGAAGUGCAAUUCCAUCUCAAACUUUCUCAGGACGCUACCGAAAUGGCGAGUUCUUCGGCAUCCUUUUCCUUGUUUUUAUGCAAGGAGAAUUUCACAGAAAUCUGUCGAGGUUCUAUCAAGACAGAUAUAUCGGCGCCUAACCCUUCCAAAAAUCCCGUGGAUGCACUCCAGGUUAAAUAUGUACACGAACUGAUUGAAGAAGCUCGUUCAUAUUGUGGUAUUGAAAUGCACUGUCGAGACUUCUACGCAGAUUUACGCAAGGACGGAUAUCAGUACGGCUUGUCCUUUCAGGGGGUGAAGUGGUUGUUCCGGAACGACUACAACCAAGCGGUAGCGAAUGUGUCAAUGCAAAGCCCUAAGAUCGACUCACCUAGCAAGAAAUUCUCGGCACUCCAUCCUUGCACACUCGACAGUAUUUUCCAGUUAUGUGUUUCCAAAAGCACCCAGAAACGUGGCAGUGACAAAGCCGAAGUAUGGAUCCCUACAUUUCUUGCUAGCCUACGAAUUUCGAAUGUCGGUUGCGGUAGUGCGACCCAAAGUGACGAGGUCGAGGUUUACAUGAAUAGAUGUGCCAUGAGCUCUAGGCGAAAAGUCUUCAGCAUACAUGCUAUGAGUGAAGACACAAAGACUUGGAUUCUCGAAGCCGAAGGCGUUGAAACUACCUCCAUCACAGACAGCAUUCAAGAGCUAGCAACAAACCAACCGUCAGUGAAAAAGCUCUGCCAUGACCUUCUGUACAAGCCAGAUCUCGACCCGGUAGGCCCCAGCUUGAUAAUACAAUAUCUACAAGACUAUACUCGCAGUAACCCGCAGACAACUGAGUUCUUUCGAACCUUGAAAUUAUUCAUACUUACAUCACUGAGUCGAGCAGUAGAUGCGAUAGCUAUACCUACUUCACAAACAUUCGAAACACAUCUUCAGAAGCAAUAUUCCUGGAUGCGAAAGCAAAUAUCUUCGACCAAACAACAAUCUUCAUUGCAAAUACCCUCGGAUUGGAUGAAAUAUAUGAAUGAACCCCUGUUGAACAAUCUCAGGGACCGUCUCAAAACACAUACUAGCCGCCUUGGAGAUAUAUAUGUUGAUUUUGACACCCAUAUGACACGGAUUCUCCAAGGAAAAACAGAAGCAAGUCAAGUGCUUAAUCAAAACAAUAUUAUCGACGAGUACUACAGACUGCUGGCCGAUGAUUCUAAUUUCCAUCACCCAUUAAUUCGGUAUAUUGACACUCUAGCACAUAAGAAUCCUGCCAUGAGAAUACUACAAGUAGGAGCCGGUAUUGUCUCAAUAUCGAAGUUUGUUCUGUCUCAACUUAGAUUACAAACAUCCGACGGUCCAUUCUGCAGAUUCUCACGUUACGAUAUCACCGACUCGUUGGGUUCUACACUUGAGGCAGUCUCAGAGGUAGUCGGCACACUGCCGAAAACGCAAUUUCGCCUGUUCAAUUUCGAGGAGAAACCGACAAACCAAGGGUUUGAAGAGAAUUUUUACGAUCUAGUGAUCGUGGUGAAUGUGCCUGACACCACGGAACCCCUAAUAGCGUCACUUGGAAACUUCCGGAAAUUACUACGAGAUGGCGGGAAGCUCCUUAUCGUAGAUUUCACCAUCCCAGACUCCAUAAUUGGCCGCUCAAUUCUUGGUUGUUUUCCAGGAUGGUGGCACGGGGAAGAAGUUCUACAGCAAGGAGGCUCUAAUGUAGUUGAAACACGCUGGUCUCCAGAGCUAAAGAAAAGUGGCUUUACUGGAGUUGAUUUCGCCUUCAAUGAUUUUAAUAUCGAAGGCAACAAGCUAUCAACCGUUUUCGUUUCAUCUAACAUAGGGUCAUCAGUGGAAUCUCGGGAAGCAAAUCUCACCAAAGAAAAAACAGUACUGAUCAUCAGCAGCUUCGACAACCCUUCAGGUUCAGCCCUGACAAAGCAAGUCUAUUCGAAGUUAAGAGCCAUGGGCAUUACAGACAUAACUGAGAGCAGUUUCCGUGGAGUGGCAGCACAGGAGGAUGCCAGAUCUAAGUUGAUCAUCGUUGUUCAAGAUCGCCGCUGGUUAUUACUUGAAUCGCUAAGCACCGAAGAGUAUGCACUAUUCCAUACGACAGUUAACCGAUGCAAAUACAUCAUGUGGAUAUCGGAGAUAAUUCCAUCUUCGCAGGAUGUUUCUCUUAUUAAUACCGUCCAAGGCUUAGCCAGGACCCUGCGGAUGGAGAAUCACAACCAUAUUUUUGCAACGGUCGGCAUUGACACCUCUCGCACAGCUGUCGUGGAACAAAAUCUAGAAAAUGCAUUCUCGAACUAUCUUCGCGGGGUAGAUUCAGGAUCCUAUGAACCGGAGUUGGUUCAAGUUGGAGACAUGUUUCAUAUACCCCGAGUCUACGAAAAUGACUCUUUAAAUCAAAAAGUUCAUGUAACUUCGUCGGUAUCUUUCGGAAAACCUGGAUGUCUUGGUCCGUACGACACGAAACUCAAAGUGAGACAGCAUGGGCUUCUGGACACGCUAUACUUCGAAGAGGUUCCUGAUGCUGGACAACUUGCUAACGAUGAGAUCGAAGUUCAGAUAAAAGCAAUAGGGGUUAACUUCAAAGACUGCCUCGUAGCUCUUGGACGCAUUCCUGAUGAUAAUCUUGGAUGCGAAUGUGCUGGGGUAGUCAUCAAAGCAGGUUCUAGCUGCCAACUCCGCCCAGGCGACCACGUUGUCGCGUGCGCUCUGGAUUCUUUCAGGACUCGGCUCCGAUGUAAAGAGGAAUUAGCAGUGAAGAUUCCUGGCGGGAUGACAAUGAGGAAUGCCAGCUCAUUGGGCAUCAAUUUCGUCACUGCGUAUCAUUCGCUGGUCGUCGUCGCCAGGCUCUCUGAGGGUGAAUCAGUGUUGAUUCACUCUGGUGCUGGUGGAACAGGCCAGGCUGCAAUUCAGAUUGCCAAGUACUGUGGCGCACAAGUCUUCACAACUGUUGGUUCUCCAGAGAAAAGGGAGCUAUUAAAUAUGCUAUAUGAUAUACCAACGGACAAUAUCCUCAAUAGCAGAGAUCUCUCCUUUGCUAGCGAGAUCAAGCGUCUGACGAGGGGUAAGGGUGUCGAUGUUGUGCUGAACUCUUUGGCGGGCGACGCUUUGGUUGCUUCGUGGGAGUGUGUCGCUUCCUUCGGCAGAUUCAUUGAAAUCGGGAAGAGGGACAUCGUCUCCCACAACAAGUUGCCAAUGUAUCAAUUUGCUCAGAACAUUUCCUUCAGUGCUGUCGAUGUAGCGGCCAUAAUUGCAGAAAAGCCAAGGUUGAUACAGAAUGCCUUAGUCGCCAUAUCGGAUCUUUUCAAUCGCGACAUCUUACGGUUGGUGUCGCCGAUCAAGUCUUUUCCGAUAUCUCAAGUCGAACCUGCUUUUCGCUAUCUACAAAGUGGUAGCAACUCUGGGAAAGUUGUCGUCGAGAUUAAUCCGGACGAUAUUGUCCCGGAAAUCGUCAGGCACAAGCCAGGCUGGGAGUUCAAUGAAAAGGAGACGUUUGUGAUAGCCGGAGGCCUCGGAGGACAGGGGCGAAGUAUCUCCAAGUGGAUGGUCUCAAAAGGAGUUCGGAAUCUCGUCUUGCUCUCCCGUACCGGAUUAAAGGACGAUCGUUCGAGGUCAUUCGUACGAAACUUAGAGCAAAAGGGUGCUACUGUCUAUAUCCCCAAGUGUGAUAUUACCAGUCCAGAAUCGCUUAGGGAGGUUUUGAAUUAUUGCAGCCACAACAUGCCGCCUAUCAAAGGGUGUAUACAAGCGGCAAUGGACAUCAGGGAUUCCAUGUUUGAGAAUAUGAGCUACGAGUCGUGGAUUGCUUCGACGAAACCAAAAGUCCUCGGAUCAUGGAAUCUACAUCAACAACUGCCACGAGAUCUGGACUUUUUCAUCCUGUUUUCGUCAAUUUCUGGAAUAAUCGGCUCACAGGGACAGUCAAAUUAUGCGACUGGGAACACAUUCCAGGACGGAUUGGCCCAGUAUCGAUUGAGUCGAGGAGAAAAGGCUGUAUCUUUGGACCUUGGUAUCCUUACCAGCGAUGGAUACAUCGCAGAGAAUAAAGAAAUGUUGCUCCGGUUUAUGAAUAUCAAACAGAUGCUGCCAAUCGAUGAAGCAGAGGUACUUGCCCUUCUGGAAGUCUUCUGCAAUAAAUCUCUUCCAAUCGAUCCCACACGAUCUCAGGUUGUUCUAGGCCUUGAACUCCCUGCCAAUGUCAUCAAUCGUGGCAUCGAGCCCUCGAAAUGGAUGUAUGAACCGAUGUUCGCCAACCUUCAUCAGGUGACUACAUCUAAUACCAACUCCAAAAUCGAACGUACUAGCGGUCCGACGCUGGUCGACCAGCUUGCUACAUCCAAGUCACUAGGCGAAGCCACAGAUAUCCUAGCAAAUAGCCUUGCAACAAGGCUCGGCGCAAUCUUCUCUCUGCCGCGGGACAACUUUGAUCUAAAUCAACCGUUACAUACCUAUGGAGUCGAUUCGCUGAUCGCCGUGGAACUACGGAAUUGGUUUCUUAAAGUCCUGAAAGUCGACCUGGCUAUCUUUGAAAUCCUGGGUGGCGCCACGGCUAUGACUCUUGGGAAAGCGGCAGCGGAGAAGAUGAGAAGUUAG